CCGCUAGUUCAAGCGGCGAGGUCAGAUCUGCCUCAACGACAGCUUUGACAUCACAAACUCCCUUAUCACAAGAACAACUAUCCGCUUUGAAAUAUCAAAUAUUGGCCUUUAAGCUCAUAUCUCAUAAUUUAGAAGUUCCUGCGCCCUUACAACAAGCAAUGUUCUCUCCUGGACAAUCUCAGGGCUUGUCUACUCAAGAAAUUACAGGAACUCCUUUAAGUGGAAAACUUGUUGAAGCGUCAUAUAAUCAUCAUUCACGGACAUCACCCAACCCAACAACGGAGGCAGCGUCUUCUACCCAAGUAUCAGCCUCGACACCCCUUUAUAACGCCUUUACAAAUCCUUUAACUUAUCUAAAACCUGUCAAUACCUAUUCUCAUGCAUCCCGCCAACAAAGAAUGUUAAUACCAGCAAUAAUGCCAAUUGGGCUAGAUCCAAAUGAGAUUGCGGCAGAGCGUGAGCGCCAAAUAAAAGCCCGUGUUCAGCAAAGAAUCUGCGAACUCGAAUAUGCACUUGAAGCGGGGUUGUACCAAAGUCAGGGCGAAAAAACCAAAUUGUUAAUUGAAUUGAAAGCAAAGAGAAUGCGUCAAGAAUUUAUUAAAUGCAUGGCAAAAUCUACAACACUAGCUACAACUACAAAUCGUGCUAACUAUAGAAGAAUGAAAAAACAGUCGAUGCGUGAUGCUAGGAUCACAGAUAGACUUGAAAAGCAGCAACGUGAAGAUAGACAACGUCGUCAAAAACAAAAGCAUUUAGAUCGAAUGCAGAGUAUUUGUAAUCAUGGACGUGAUUUGACUCAAUGGCAUCGUUUAAGCCAAGGGAAACAACUUAAGUUUGGUCGCGCAGUUAUAAGUUAUCAUUCGCAAGUCGAGAAGGAAGAACAGAAGAGAUUGGAGAGAUUAUCUAAAGAACGUUUAAGAGCUUUGAAAAAUGAUGAUGAAGAGGCUUAUUUGAAGCUUAUUGAUAAAGUUAAGGAUACAAGAAUUACACAUCUGUUAAAACAAACGGAUCAAUAUCUAGAUUCCUUGGCUCAGGCUGUUGUUGCUCAACAACGUGACGAAUUACACAAAGAUCCUAUUGUAAGGGGUGGUAUUGAAUUGAUGGAUGAAGAGGUAGAUAUCGGGGAAGAUGAAAAUAUAACUAUUGUGAAUGGGAAGAAGGUCGAUUAUUAUGCUGUUGCCCAUAGAAUCAAGGAAGAAGUUGAACAACCAUCUAUAAUGAUAGGAGGAAAUUUGAAGGACUAUCAGGUCAAAGGAUUGCAAUGGAUGGUAUCACUAUAUAAUAACCGUCUGAAUGGUAUCCUUGCUGAUGAAAUGGGUCUCGGUAAAACGAUCCAAACCAUAUCUUUAGUUACGUAUUUGAUAGAAAGAAAAAGGCAAAAUGGCCCAUUUUUGAUUGUAGUUCCGUUGUCCACAUUAACAAAUUGGACACUUGAGUUCGAUAAAUGGGCACCAACUGUAAGGAAAUGUGUCUACAAGGGUGCGCCUAAUACUCGUAAAGAACUUCAACAACAGUUUAUCAAACAUGUCGAUUUUCAAGUUCUCCUGACAACAUACGAAUAUAUCAUAAAAGAUAAAUCUAUAUUAAGCAAAUUGAGAUGGGUAUAUGUAAUUAUUGAUGAAGGCCACCGUAUGAAAAAUACUAAGUCAAAAUUAUCGGUAAUUUUGACAAAUAAUUAUCAAUGCCGUUAUCGUUUAAUUCUGACUGGAACUCCUUUACAGAAUAACUUGCCAGAAUUAUGGUCAUUGUUGAAUUUUAUUUUACCGAGGAUCUUUGAUUCCGUAAAAAGUUUUGACGAAUGGUUUAAUACUCCAUUCGCGAAUGCCGCAGGGCAAGACAAAAUAGCACUAAACGAAGAAGAAUCAUUACUUAUUAUUCGACGCUUACACAAGGUUUUAAGACCAUUCUUAUUGCGUAGAUUAAAGAAAGAUGUUGAGUCAGAAUUACCUGAUAAAGUAGAGAAUGUGAUUAAGUGCAGGCUUUCAGCAUUGCAACUAAAGCUUUACAGUCAAAUGAAAAAACAUGGCGUACUGUUUGUUAAUACUGGAGAGAAAGGAAAAACUGGAAUAAAAGGCCUCAACAAUACUAUUAUGCAAUUGAGAAAAAUUUGUAAUCAUCCAUUUGUUUUUGAAGAAGUUGAAAACGACUUAAAUCCUGGAAAAAUAAACAGUUCUUUGCUGUACAGAGUAUCUGGCAAGUUUGAGUUACUGGAUCGCAUAUUGCCAAAAUUUUUUGCUACAGGACACAGAGUCUUGAUUUUUUUUCAAAUGACCGCUAUAAUGACUAUAAUGGAAGAUUUUCUUAAUUGGCGUGGAUUUAAAUAUCUAAGGUUGGACGGUAACACGAAGGCAGAGAGCAGAUCAGAUUUGUUGAAAUCGUUUAACUCCCCGGAUUCGCCUUAUUUUGUAUUUUUACUUAGUACCAGAGCUGGUGGUCUUGGCCUUAAUUUGCAAACAGCUGAUACUGUUAUUAUAUUCGACUCUGAUUGGAAUCCACACCAGGAUUUGCAAGCACAGGAUCGUGCACACCGUAUAGGUCAAACUAGAGAAGUUCGUAUAUUACGGCUGAUCUCACAAAAAUCUAUUGAAGAAACAAUUUUGGCUAGAGCUCAAUAUAAAUUGGACAUUGACGGUAAAGUUAUUCAGGCCGGCAAAUUUGAUAAUAAGAGUACAGAAAACGAGCGUGAAGAACUUUUGCGUUUGAUUUUUGAAGUGGAUACUGACGAAAUAAAUGAUGUAGAAGAUGACGAUGAGUUAGAUGAUGAGGAACUGAACGAGCUCAUAGCUCGUAAUGACGAUGAACUUAUUAAAUUCAAACAAAUUGAUCAGGAGAGGAUACAAAGAGAAGAGAUGGAUUGGAAAAAAUCUGGAGGCAAAGGAAAACGCCCGGAUAGACUAAUAGAGGAGAGUGAAUUGCCACCUGUAUAUAUAAAAGAGUACGACGCAAUUGUACGACAAGAUGAACCAGGAGUAGAAUAUGGCCGGGGUCAAAGACCGAGAGGAUCCGUUCACUAUGAUGAUGGAUUAACAGAAGAGCAAUGGGUUAAUGCUAUUGAAGAUGAAGAUAUUGAUGUCGAAGACCUAAUUGCUAAAAAACAAGCUGCUAAAAGGCGGCGUUUGGUUAAAAAGACACAAAAAAUUCAUACUUCCACACAUCCGGAUAUAUCACAUAAUUCCACACCACAUCCAGAUGAAUCAAGCGCGGAUGCAGCCGAAUAUAAAAAGAAACGUGGACGACCACGAAAAGAUGAAAUGCCCAGUGUUGAUGAUAACAAUACAUACGACAUACAGUCUAAGCAAUCAAAAAAGAAAGGAAAAGGAAAACGAAUUGAAACGAGCGAUUUCGAAACAUUUGAUCCACCAAAAAGUAAAAAACGAAAGCAACAACCUAAAAAAAUUCAUGAGCAAACAUCGUCUGAUACUUUAUCGCCUCAUACUCGGGAUCGGAUGAGACGUAUUUUUAAUAGGUGCUAUUCUGCAGUUGAGAACUUAAUGGAUGAUACUGAAGGAGAGCCUCGACAGCGAGCAUACCUUUUCCUUACACUUCCUAGCAAAAAGGAAUACGAUUAUUAUUAUACGGUCAUUAAUAAUCCAAUUGCAAUGGAUACAAUAAAGCGUAGGGUCAAGAUUAAUUAUUACCAAUCAGCGGCCCAAUUUCGGGAUGAUUGGCAUUUAAUGUUUAAUAAUGCAAGAACAUUCAACGAAGAGGCAUCAACAGUGUAUAAUGAUGCAGAAAAAUUACAGGAAGUUUUCGAUAAAACGUUUGAAGAACUCUGUCCGGGUGGCCAAAUUCCUCCGUCAGGAGAUGAGAUGGAUAUUUAG